AUGGCAAUCAUGAGAUUGAAGAAAGGGAUGAAGGUAGAGGUGUCGAGCAAGAGGGAAGUGACUCUGGGCUCUUGGCGGCGUGCUGAGAUCAUAUCUGGCAAUGGGCACACCUAUCAAGUCAAAUAUGAAAGCUACCAACCUGACAUGGCUGCAGCAACUGAAAGAGUACCGAGAAAGUUCAUUAGGCCAUUGCCUCCAUCAGUGGUUUAUUUGUCAAAUUGGGCUCCUGGUAACAUUGUAGAAGCAUUCGACAACCACUCAUGGAAGCUCGCAAGAGUGUCAAGUGUGGCUUAUGGGGAUUACUAUUUUGUUGGAAUCAUUGGAUCUAGUAAGCAAAUCAGAGCUCAUAAAUCUGAACUUAGGGUGCAACAUUUUUGGGAAGACAACCACUGGGUUACAACUCAGAAGGACUCUGGCACAUUUAAGGAUGGAAAGGUCAUAAGGUGCAACCAUCAUAGAGAACACCCUGGUCUGAACAGAGGCCUGAGGAACAGGCACAACAUCUGCUUGCCUCCUGCUGAGUUAUGCAUGCAUGCCUCCAUGAAUCACAGAGAAUUUGGAUCUGCUGAUUUGCGAGAAGGAAAUGAUGCCCAUAGUAUCUCAUCCUCUGUUGAUAGCUGUAGUCCUCGCAGCAAUGUGGAAGAUCUAUUUACUGUUUCAUGGUUUAGACAGAAAAUAAUUAGUGGAAACAAGUUGAUGGAAGAAGUAUCACAAUGA